AUCGCAAUUGACCCGGCUACUGGCAGAAGUCAAUCGUGUCUUGAAGCCUUUGGGCUACAUUGAGAUUGUCGAUAUUGAGUAUCGAGUGCAACGACCCGGCCCUAUUACUGAACAGUUGCUGAAUCAAAGACGUGAGUUUUCGAAAGUUCAAUUCCCGCCCCUGACAAACAUGAUGUAACUGACCAGGUUUCAACAAAUAUAGUAUCUGAAACAAUGCUACACUACGACGUUGAUCUUCAACUAUGCUAUCAUUUGUCGACAUUACUAAUGACGCAGCAACCGGGCUUUGUGGACGUGCAUCAAGACCGUGUGACCAUCCCCUUAGGCUGGGGUGAGCAACUGGGACAGAUCCACGGACAGACGAUGGAAGGCUUCUAUCAGUCACUGCAUCCAUCUGUGCGACAGGCUACUACCACUGAUGAAUAUCCUGAAGGUCUGACCGAAGCUGCCAUUCAACAAGUCAUGAUGGAAUGUCAAAAGUAUCAGUCCCAUUGUCCUUGGUAUGCAUGCUACGGUCAAAAGCCCGCCAAUACAUCUGCUACGAAUCUAGUGGCAGGUGCCAUGCCGCAACCGGAUGCGACGAGUGGUAUCCGACGGUUUUCCUCAGCCAAGAACAACAGUAAUUCAAAAAGUAAUAGCAAUACCAGUGUCAACAAAGGUGCUGCUCUCGCUACAGCUGGUUCUGGUGUUCCAGCACCUAUUGUUGAAGAAGCCGCAUGGGAAUCCAUUGAUGAUUUUAUUGACGGUUAUGUCGACUAAUUGAAAACUCUCAAGCUCCUCCUCCUCCUCUACCCACCUUUAAAGAAAAAUGUCCUCCAUUUUAUUUUGUGUAAAUUCUAUUGUCUUUAUUUCCAACCAAAUCCUCCACACUCAAUUUUCUCGUCCUGUUAUAUUCUUUUGUAUAUAAUUUUCUCCCCCCUGUUCAUCCGUGUAAUCUAAUCUAUUCGCUUAUAUUUAAUCAUGUUAUCAUUAAAAGAAAAACUCCAUCUUUAUCGAAUCAAGAAAGAUAAGUUGGGACUCAU